AAACUAGAACUCUUGAACCCAAGUCUUUAUAAAUUUUGUAUUAUUGGAGCCACUUUUCAUGGUUACAUUUGGAUAUUCUUUUCUAUGCGAUUGCAAGCUACACUCUAUUGCUUUUUCUGCUGCCUUAGUAAAUCCCUGUCACUCUUCUUCCAUCACCAUCCACAAACACGGAUCAAGGUCUGCAGGCACGUCUCCUCCGUAAUGGCAGAGAGUGUAGUUACCUUUGUUUUAGAUCACUUGGCCCAGCUUUCCGCACGCGAAGCUAACUUGCUGUAUGGUGUGGAGGAUAGAGUCCAGUUCCUCAAGUCGGAACUCGAAAUGAUCAAAGAGCUCCUCGAUACCACAACGCGCAAGAAGGGAAUGGAACAUAUAGUAUUGAACCAAAUCAAAGAUGUUGCCCACUUAGCUGAGGAUGUCAUCGACACAUUCGUAGCCAAAGUUUCCAUUCACAAGAGGAGAACCAUUCUGGGGAGGAUGCUCUGUGGCUUUGGCCAAGUAAGGUUGCUCCACCACGUAGCCCACAAAAUAGACAAGCUCAAAACCACUCUCAACGAGAUACGCGACAACAAGGACAAAUAUGAUGCUUUCAGAGAAACCACUAAUCAAUCUGCAACAGAAGAGGAGGAGGAGAAGGAAAGGUUGCAAUCGCUGCACAAGCUAAGAAGAGACGUGGAGGAAGAACAUGUUGUUGGCUUUGUCCAGGACUCCAAGGAUCUCGUCAAGCAACUCCUGGAAGGUGGUUCAAAUCGUAAAGUUGUUUCUAUCGUUGGCAUGGGGGGAUUGGGGAAGACCACCCUUGCCCGAAAGGUCUACAGUAGCGGCGAGGUGAAGAACCACUUUGAUUGUCGUGCGUGGGUUUAUGUCUCAAACGAGGGCAGAGUCAGGGAGCUUUUGCAUGACCUUCUUAAGCAUUUGAUGCAAAAUGUUGAAGAACAACGCAGAGGCCACGAGAAAGAUAAGGAAAGGGCCGAAGACGUUAACAGCCUGAGUGAGGAGGAGCUGAAGAAACGGGUGUGGAAAUGCUUGGAGAGGGAAAGGUAUCUUGUGGUGAUAGAUGACUUGUGGAAAAGGCAGGAUUGGAAUGAGGUGCAAGAUGCUUUUCCAGACAACAACAGAGGUAGCAGAAUAUUGAUCACUAGUCGUUUGACAGAAGUGGCCAAGCAUGCUGGCCAUGAUGUUCCUCACAAUCUUCCGUUCCUGAGUCAAGAAGAAAGUUGGGAGUUGUUUUGCAGGAAAGUGUUUAGGGGUGAAAACUGUCCUUCUGAUUUGGAGACCCUGGGAAAGCAGAUGGUUCAAAGUUGUCAUGGUUUGCCGCUCUCCAUCAUGGUUUUAGCAGGGCUGCUAGCCAACAAGGAAAAGUCAUCUGAAGAAUGGUCUAAAGUGGUAGGUCAUGUUAAUUGGUAUAUCACUCGAGAUGAGACCCAAGUGAACGAUAUAGUUCUCAAGCUCAGCUACGACAACUUACCAAGGAGACUAAAAUCAUGUUUUCUCUAUCUUGGCUUAUUUCCGCAAGACUUUGAAAUACAUGUUACUCCAUUAUUGCAAAAAUGGGUUGCGGAGGGUUUCAUACAAGAUACAAGAGAUAGAGACCCAUAUGAUGUUGCGGAAGACUACUUGUAUGAGCUCAUCGAUCGUAGUUUGGUCCAAAUAACAAGAGUGAAGUUUAAUCGAGGUUUGGAUAGGUGUCAGGUUCACGAUCUUCUUCGAGAUCUUUGCAUGCAAAAGAUUAAAGAAGACAAAGUUUUCGAAGUUUGCACAGACAAUAACAUUGUAAUCCCUACUAAACCUCGCAGACUGUCCAUUCACAGUGACAUGGGUCACUACAUUUCUUCAAGCAACAACGACCAUUCAUGUAUUCGUUCCCUGUUUUUCUUUGGGCCACACUAUGAUGUUCAUGGGAAAGAGUGGAAAUGGCUUUUGGACGACUUCAAAUUGGUUCGAGUGUUAGAUUUUGGACCUAACAGUUACCAAAAGAUUCCUUCCAGUUUAGGGAACUUCAUCCACUUAAGGUACUUGAGAAUACACUCAAAGCUGAUUUCAUUUGUUCCCGAUUCAAUACUUAACCUUUGGAAUCUGCAAACCAUAGACCUGGGUUUUUCGACGGAUAUCAUUAUAGUUUCUUUCCCUAUUCAAAUGUGGAAACUCAAGUAUUUAAGGCAUUUGAACACACAAGGACCUAUCAAGUUACGAGGAACAUGUUCACAAUCAGAUGAGAAGAUGUGGAAUCUUCAAACUAUCUCUCCCCUUAUACUCAAUAAACAAGCAACAUCGCUAAUAACGAAAGGAACAUUCCCCAAUAUUAAGAGGAUGGGACUUGUGGAGGCUCAUGAUUAUGAAGGUAAAUUACUCAAUUUAUUGCAGAACUUGCAACAAUUAAAGCAUUUAAAUAAAUUAGUGAUUGUGCCCCAACUUUGGCUUAGUUGCAAGCCGAAAGAACUGGUUCAAAGCCUAGGACAAUUAAGUUGUCUAACUAUUUUAAUGAUUGAUAAUGUUGUGGACCUUCUGACCUCUGAGCUCAUUUUCCCUCCAAACAUUAUAGAGUUAAUGUUGUCAGGGAUUAAGUGGAUUACCAACGAGGGGAUGAAUAGUCUGGGAAAUCACUCCAAACUCAAAAUUUUGAAACUUUUGGGAGAUAUAACUUGGUCUGGGGAUUCCAUUGACCUCAAUUGUGUUGAUGAAAGCUUCCCACAACUGGAAAUAUUUCGAAUGAGUCAUUUGGCAGUUAGAAAGUGGGAAUUAGGCAAUGGUGCAAUGCAGAGGCUUCAAAAUGUGCUUAUUGACAAUUGCAAAGAAUUAGAUAAUCUUCCAAGUGAACUCUGUUCUUUGAAUGGAUUGAGAAAAAUGCAUAUAACGGAAUCUCCUUCAGAACAAAUGGCUCACAUCUUACGAAUUUUGAAAACAAAUAAUGGAGUUGAAGUCGUUACUGGGACUUAUCAAUCUCGAGAUUAUGAUAUUUUUGAUAUUUUCUAG